AUUGCAACUAAACGCUCAAACGUCUUACUAUGUAACUCUUAAGUUUACAAACAAAUAAAUAUGGAACCUAAAAGGAGCGCAGAGAGAGAUAAAAUCAAGUUUUGACGUAACGUUUGUGAAACAGUAGUGAUGCGCUAAAAGAAAUAACCGGAAUUGAUCCUCGGAACAUUUACGCUGGAAAUGGUUGAGGCCAGCCCACUUUCAUUCCUGAAGCAGGAGAUCAUGCACAUGUCUGUUAAGCAAGAAACUCCAGUUGAGGCUGACCCACUUCCAUUCCCAAAGCAAGAGAUCGAGUACAUACCUAUUAAGGAAGAAACUCCAGAGUGGGACAUGCCUGAUGACCACGAUAGUAUACGUGAUCCACUAAGCAUCAUUAAAGAGGAAUGUUCAUCUUCAGAAGAUUUUCUCAGCUCUAGAGCUCUCAGCAUUAAGGAGGAAGAGGACAGGAAAGACAAGGACACAAUGAGGGAGGAUGACUUUCAGGAGCUCAGACAUAAAAUGGAGCCAAGAAGUAGUGGCAGUGAACCAGAACAGUACCGGUCUGCUUGGACAAUGAUGGGAUGAGAAGUAGACCGUGGCAUUAUAGUAGGAACUACUGUGGCGUUUGCGUGAAGUAAUUUUCGGAAAACACAGGAAACAUAAGUAACGAUGGCUGGAUGAAGACCAUAGACCCUCCGCUCUUACAAACAGAAGGCCGGUCUGUUUAAAACUACUACCCCAUUCGGUUUGUUCCCAGUGUACAAUACUGUUUUACAAAGAAGCUAUUUAACAAUGUAAAAGGCUAAUGCUAUGCUGUUCAUUCAUUUCUCACUCCCAAUCACUGCAUUCACAACACAGACUACAUACGCAUUGUUUCAUAAUGUAACAGUAUACAAACUAUCAGCUGACUCAGGACCAUAGUGAUGAAACCUGGUUCCCGAGAUGUUGAGCUCGAAAGAGAAUGUGUUAGUAUUAUGCCUUACAUAGCUCCAGAAGAAAGUUUUUCCAGAAAAGGAAGAAAAAGAAAGAAGAAACAUAGUGUGAAAGUGUUACGUGAAAUGAUACAUGUUUUACUAUCGUCAGUAUUAUUUACACGUGCUACAUUUUGUACCAAAUCCCUACUCUGUAUUGUCUAAGUAAUCCUUCAAUGUAUAGAAUGUAAUGCUUAACGAGUAUUUCAUAAAUGCCUUCCUAGAUAAAUUUGUUUUAGUAAGCUCUUGAAGCUCUUUGUGCAACUUUUUGUAGAGUUUUAGUCUGUGGUAGAAAAUUCUGCUUUGAGUUGUAUGUUUAUUCUUUGUUGCUAAAUGUAAGUUCAGUCUAGCUUUCGUUCCAUGGUUGAGCUGUCUGUGUAGUCUUUAUCAAAUGCACUCACAUGGUUUAGUUAAAAUAUGCGUGUUUUGAGCGGAUCUUUACAUGAGCUCAACUACUAUUUUUGUUUAUUAUUCUUAUGGACCUUUCCUAUAGUGAAAACUUUGUUCAUGUUUUGUGCAUAUGUUACAGUGAAACACCGAAAUCUGGAGAAUGUCUACUUUCACCGUUAAAUGUCAACAUUCACAUAGUCGCUUAGUGUAUGUCCGAAAUAUUUGCUAAAUAGGCCUACCCUUAUUUCUGACUUUCACCGGUAAAUGUUGAUAUUCACCAUGCAAUAAUGGUGAAUGUUGAACAUGUUGGAGAUUUGUAUUUUCUUCUCCGUAUUUCAGUAGCUAUAAAACGUCACAAGGGUGACGUAACUUUUUCGCCUCUCUUUCUGAUAGGAAUGACCAAGAAUUAAAAAUACACCGUGCAUCCUACAUGAGAAAAGAAAAUAAUAGUUAUAAAAAAUUACUUACUAAUGUGAUUCAAAUAUUAUUUAUUGCAACAACUUAAACUAUUAUGACACUUUGAAUUUCACAAGAGUCCCUUGCUUUUACAACUGCACUUAUUUGUGGAACACUUCCUUUUGCAAUGACAACGUGUAUAGCCUUGUCCUCCGCUUCUCGAAUUAGCUGCAGCUGCUUCUCUCAGCGACAUUUCUUGAAAAGAAAUCUCGUCUAUGGAAAGUAACUUUUCUUUACAAAUUACGAACUGAUUACGUGUGUAAAGCUCCUUGAGGGUACCAUUUUUAUUUACCCGUUUAUAGAAGUCGGAGUCUUCUAUUCCAACAACAACCGCUAACACAUUUCGGCUAUCUGUACGACCACGGUCGACAUCAGGGACUUGUAUUCGUACAUUAUCACCAACUUCAGCAGGAGGGUAAUGUGUUUGUGAGGUUCGUAACAUCUUUGUUGCUUGCAGUAGAAGAUUUUCUUUCGCGGCCGCUCUUUUUGUAGAAAUCAACUCGUGUUUUUCAGACAGAAUUUUAUGCGAAGACGUUGUAGGUUGUAGGUCCUCUUCAAUAUUUUUCUUUGGAAUAUGGUUUUCGGUAUGACCACCGCUCAAAUUUUUUUAUAAGCGUUAACAGUUUCUUCAAGCUGUUCUUCGGUUUCAGAAGUAUUGGCAAUUUCUUCGACUUGUUCUUCACUUUCAAUAUUUGCGAUUUGUUCGCCAGGCAAAAAAGACGAUGCUAUGUCUCUUUUUUCUUUAACGCCAAACAUGGCUUCAUAAGGACUUCGGCGUAUUCCUUCGUGGACCGUAGUGUUCUUGGCAAAUUGAACAAAGGAUAAACCAUCUGACCAUUUAUUUGUAUCGUUAUCAUUGAUCCAUGCAGUUAGCAUAUUCUGUAUAUCCUGAUUUUGCCCUUUCAACUGAACCUUGUUUUUGACUGUGACGAGGCUUUCCAUGAACUAGUUUAACAUCUUUCUACAUAGCGCAUAUUUCGGAUAUGACUUGGUUACUAAAUUCUCUACCAUUAUCUGAUUGCAAUAUUGCUGGUGCACCAAAUGUUAAAAAUAAUGAAAGAACGUGUUGCGCUACUCUUUUAGUUUUAAAAGGUCGUAGCUGGACAAACUUAGUUAAAUGAUCUUGAUACACCAUUAUGGACUUAUAUUCAUCUCAGUUUGACUGCAGAUCUAUCAGAUUAACUUGACGUCUUGGGUUUAAUUCAGAACUAACCAUUAGCUUCACAACAAUACCUUUCUUAGGUGCACUGUGUUUCAUUUGAGACUGUUUGCAUAAAUUUAAAUACAACAUUACAACUUCAUAUGUAAUAUUUUUGUAUGUAACUUGCAACUCUUUAAGCAUACGUGUUCUUCCUCUGUGGCCUGUUCUGAUGUGAGUUUCAUAUAGUAUACUGUACAAUUCUUCAUUGGUAACAUAACACUGUAUGUUCGUUUCCCCUGGUUUUAAUGGUACAAUUAACUUCUCUUCAUCAUUAAUUUUUAAAACAUCAAAACGUUUUAAUCGUCUGUAAUCCAAAGGUAUAUUGCAUUUAAUUUUAGCAGAAACCACUUCAGAAAGUAUUUUGGAAUACUUUUCUUGUGAAAAAUAAAAACAAUUGUCUUCUCGUUUACCCGCAAUUAAUACAUUUAACUUUUCAUGAAUAAGAUCACGAUUUAUUGCAGUAUCCAUUUGGUAUAAAUUAGGAUAUCGGGAAAAAAAAUUAAGAAAACGUUGCUCGUGUUAUCAAAGGUUGCAUAAGACUGACAAAGCUGAUUGACUCCGAGCAGAACAAAGGAUUUGGCGAGAGAGAGCCAGUAGCUUGUUUUUUGACUCUUCUGUUUUGGACCGCCACCAGAGCAUAUCUGUGAUUGUCGACACACGCCGGAGAGGGUCCGAAUGUACAACAGUGUAAUGAAAUAUUCGAUCUUUCACCGACGUAUAUGGUAUCUGUUGACAUUCACCGGUGGAAGUCGACAUUCUCCAGUUUCGGUCAUUCACGGUAACACAUACAUUCCUCAAACAAAAAGCUGUGUUGGAAGAUAGCACAUGUCUCACUCGUGCACAGGAAGCCUGGCGGAAUUGAUCUACGAAUCUACUGUCCAAUAUAUUUUGUUUUUUCACCUGUCUGUUGUAAAAUCAUAGAAUACAAUCUGAGACCAAACAUAGUGAAAAUUCUAGAACAGAUUUCCUCGUCCGUAUCAACCAGUGUGGAUUCCAAAGCACUGUUUUUAUGAAAACCUACUUUUACAUGACGUCAUGGAAACUGUGGAUCAAUGCAGUUUUGUAAAGAUAGUAAAUAUUAUUAUUAUUAUGGACAUCAUCAUUUGUUGCUUCCUCCACAUAGAUGUUUGUAAUAUUUCUGUAUUACCAAA